GCCGCAACUUUUUUUAAUUAAUUUUUUUUUUUUGUUUGGGUUUGUUCCCAAUGCGGUAAUACCCAACCGUCCGAAAUCAUCUACUAGUUUUAUAUGAAUCGUAAUAACUAAACAAAAGUAUCAUGAAGAGAUCACAGAGUUAUAAGCAUAAGUAGAAGUAUAAACAAAAGCCAGUAGUUAACUACUUAGAGUUCAACUCAUGGAAGAUUCAAAUAAUACCCUAACAAGUACCCCUCGGUACCCCCAAUUUAAUAAAGAUAUACGCAAAGAAGAUAUGAAUAAUACUUUACUUCUGAAUAAUCCUCGAGAAUUUCUUAAAGGUGAAGACUUUCUAGAUACUAAUAAUCUGGUUAGUGAACCUACCCUUCAUGAGUCACAGUCACAGUCACAGUCACAGUCACAAUCACAGUCUCAAUCACAGUCUCAAUCACAAUCUCAAUCACAAGAUGAACAAAUUAAAGGAAUAGAUAAAGAAUUUAACAAUAUUGCGGAGAAUAUAAAUCGAACAAUUCAACAACUAGAUUCAAUUUAUGAUGUAAUAGGAUAUUCUAUAAAUGAUAUCUCCUGUAAGAAAGCAGAAAUCUUCACAGUAAUAGAAGAAAGUAUAUUAAACUUCACAUGUAGUCUUCAACGAGAGAAAUCCAAUAUUGAAAAUGAAUGUGAAUGGCUUCGACAACAAAUCAGAAUUAUUCUUGCUAUGAUAAAUGAUAAUAAAGGAGAGAAGAGAUUAUCAUUACUUCAACGAGCUUUAGUAUUCAAUAAUCCAGAAAUGUAUGAAGAAGGGUAUAAAGAAGAUUUAUUAAAGAAAUUAACUCAAUUACAGAAUAAGAAGAAUAAUUUCUAUGUUACUUCCCCAUUUAAUGUAUCAGAUAUUAAUGAUGAUUAUGAUGAAAAUGAUGAUACUUUAUCAUAUGAACAACAGUAUGAUUAUAUGAUGAGAAAUAUACCGCCAUUAUCUUUACUUCAACUUAAGGGUAAAUUAAAUGUAAUAUUUCUAGAGAUACUAAAGUCCUUUAAUCAAUUAUUUAAAAAGCUCAACGAUUUGAAUAUUAAGUAUCUUGACUAUAAGGAUGCUAUAGGAGAUUAUUGUAGCUCACCAAGUAACCGACAAUUGCUUCUUUCAUUACCAGAACGAGAAGAAGCACAUCAUCAUUCAGAACUUAUUGAAAAUUUUGAAAUAAUAAUACGAAAAUUAAAUUUAAAUAAGAAUACUCCAACCCCCCAAAUUCCAAAUAGAGAUGAUGAUCAACAAGCAUUCAUAAUAUCUAGUCCAAGAAAGUCAAAACUUGAAUCAACUGUAACUGACAAUACACAUAAUGAUAAUGGUGAUAAUAAUAAUAAUAAUAAUAUGAGUAUCCUUAGAGAUAUUAACUAUCAAAUUGUACGAGCCAUAAGGGGUUUAAAAUUUACAAAGAUAACUCCAGAAGUUCUUGCAUCCCUUCAACAAGAGAUAGAGUUUGGAGAUAAUGAAAUAAUUCAAAGAAAGCAAAAGAUGAGUGAACUAACUCACCAAUGCUUACAAAUUAUUCAAUUAUUACAUUUAAAUGAUGAACAAUUAAUUCAAUUUCAAAAGAAUCAUGAUAAAAAUAAUGAAAACCCAGUAGGUUAUAUUGAUAGUGGAACAUUAAGAUUAAUACAAUCAGAUCCAGUUGAAUUUGGUUUAAGUGAUCAUCAUAUAUUAUAUAUAAAUAAUCUUGUCAAACUUUUAGAAAAGAUGAAGAAUAUCAAGCAAAGGAAAUUAGAUACAUAUAUUGAACAAUGUCUGAUACUUUGGAAUAAAUUAGGAGAAAGUGCAGAAUAUGUUGAAUCAUUUUUAAAUGCCAAUAAUUCAUUAACUGAUUUAGCAUUGUUAAACUUUAAAAUGGAAAUGAACAAAUUAUUAAUGAAGAGAUCUGAAUUCAUUGAUAGCUUUAUUUCAGAUGCUAGAAUAGAAAUUGAAAGAUUAUGGGAUAGAAUGUUCUAUUCAAAGGAUAGGAGAGUGGAAUUUAAGUUCUAUAAUUAUGAUUCAAAUGAUGAUACUUACGAUAAAGAAAUGGUAUUAAAUGAACAUGAAGAAGAAUUACGUAAGUUACAGAGUUCUUAUGCUUUAAUGGAACCUGUACUUGUGUAUUAUGAACAAUUAAAUGAACUUAUUCACGAUCAAACUUUCCUUAGAGAAUCAUCUAAAGACUCUUCAAGAUUAUUAAGUAAAAAUUCCUGUAAGAUCCUUUUACAUGAAGAAAAGAUUAGAAAGAAAAUCAAUAAGAAUAUGCCAAAGGUCCUACAAAGCUUAAAGAAAGAAGUAGUUUCAUAUAAUAAUCAAGCCAUAGCUGAUGGAGGGAAGGCAUUAGAAUUCAAUGGAGAGGAUUUAUUUGAGAAAUUAUUAUUAAUUGAAUCAGAGCAGUCUCAAAGUUCAAGAACUGUAAGAUCAAAACGUCCUAUGUCACCUUCGAGACCCAAAAUUGUCGUGCAAUCAGCUCGUACAUCUCCUUUGAAGUCAUCUAGAUCUCCUACCAACUUGUCUACCAAAUUCGGUAGUGUACCUAGAUCUUCCAAACCUCCAACUUCAUUUAGACGAUCUCCCGUAACUUCAUCAUUUGAACAUCCUAUAAAGAAAGGUCCUAUCACAACUAGAAAUCGUUCAUUUAAUGAAAGGACAUUCAAUAACCCUACGACGGUAAGACUUACCAAUGCAAUUAAUACCAGUCUAAGCAAUUCAACUAUAUCCAGUUUAGAUAGUCCCAUUAGAUCAACCACUCAAAAUCAAAAUCAAAAUGCAGUAAAGGCUGCAAAAUUAAAUGUAACUCAUUUGCAACCAUUGAAUACACCUUUAAUUGCUACUUCACCCAGACGAUUAGAAAUCUAUGAGGAUGCAUUAGCAGAUUCCACCCAUCAAAUUAACUUAACCAAUAUUUCUAAACCUUCACCUUUAAAAGUAAAUAUUGGAAUAUCAAAUACGUCUACUUAUCAUCCUCAUAAGGUUAUGAUACCUCCAACCACCAGAAAUAUACUUGAACAAAAGGAAAAUGAUUUAUCUUCUCCAUAUGAUUUCUCACCUAUUUCUAUUCAAAGUAGAAGCAAACUUUUCAAUUCAAUGGAUGAUAAUUCUUCUAAUUAUAAUCAUAAUAGAAAUAUAAGUAUAAAUACUUGUGAUACUUCGACAUUUAUUGGUGAUGAUUAUCAAGCGUGGAGAGAUGAAAAGAUUAAGCAAAUUAAUGCCUUAGAUUAAUGACUUUAUUUCAUAAUUUAUUUAUAUAUGUAUUAAUAAUACCUUUAAUAUAGAAGUGCAAUAUAUUGUAAAAGAAUCUACUUUUUAAAUAGAUCAAUUAGUGUAAUAAUACAUCUACAUGCUAGUCCACAUUAGUAGCUGCUACUUUGGCCC